AUGAUGUCAUAAGUGCUGGCUGUUAUUCUACUUGAGAAAGAGAAGGGUGUUCGACGAUUGUGACGUUAGUUGUUUUCUUGUUGUUCUUCCUGAGCCUCAAGGUUGCCUUUGAAGGCAUCGUCGGACCUGUCAUUCCAGAGGUUCGUAGAGUAUAGAGCAGCAGUCAUCAUGCUGAGUUCCUGGAUCCUGGCUGUUGUUUGUGUCUGCCUCCUCUUCCUCUUCAUCAGGAUCCAGAGACCCAAGAACUUCCCUCCUGGACCACAACCUCUUCCUAUAUUCGGGAACUUGUUUCAUUUUAACAUGAAAAAUCCUCUGAAAGACUUUGAGAAGUUGGCAGAGCAAUAUGGAAACAUUUACAGUCUGUAUAUUGGGACAAAACCAGCUGUUGUUCUUCAUGGUUUAAAAGCCAUAAAAGAAGCUCUGGUGACCAAAUCUGCAGACUUUUCAGGACGCCCAGACUCCAUGAUUAGGGAUAUAACUGAAGAUAAAGGAGUCAUAAUGGCUGAUUAUGGUCUUCAAUGGAAGGAGCAUCGGCGCUUUGCUCUCAUGACCUUAAGGAACUUUGGCUUGGGGAAACAGUCUAUGGAGAAGAGGAUUCUUGGAGAAAUUGAACACGUUGUUGCAAAAUUGGACAAGCAUGCUGGAAGCUCCAUGUAUCCUCAGACUCUGUUCCAUGAUGCAGCAUCAAAUAUCAUCUACCUGGUUUUGUUUGGUACUCGCUAUAACUAUGGCGAUGAAACCCUUAAAGUCUACAUUCGGCUAUUUACUGAAAACUUAAAGAUCGCUCAUGGACCUUGGGCAAUGAAGCAGGGAGACAGCAUGUGGGACCAAAAGGGUGAGGUUAGAAUACCCCACAAUAUUUCUGGAGGUAGUUACCGCCUUUUCAGCUGCAGCAACUGCACGCAGGCAAACAGGAAGUCCAGCCGCCACUGGAUCCAGCCUGCUGGAGAACUCUAUGAUGCACUUCCUGUGGUGAGGUCCUUGCCCCUUCCUUUUAAAAAAGCCUUUGAUAACUUCAGCAGACUUAAAAGCUUGACAGCAAACAUGAUCAACAAGCACAAGACAACAAGAGUCCCAGGAAAACCAAGAGACUUUGUCGACUGCUAUUUGGAUGAGCUUGAUAAGAGAGACAGUGAAUCCACUUUCAGUGAAGAACAACUUGUGGCAUUUGUUAUGAAUCUGCAUGUGGCUGGAACUGAGACCACAUCCAACACACUACUUACAGCGAUUCUCUACCUCAUGGUUCAUCCAGACAUCCAGAAGAGAUGCCAGCAGGAGAUUGAUGAGGUUCUGGAGGGAAAAUCUGAGGUAUCAUUCGAGGACAGACACAACAUGCCGUACAUACAAGCUGUGAUUCAUGAGUGUCAACGUGUCGCCAACACUGUGCCUCUGAGUUUGUUCCACUGUACCACAAGAGAUACUGAACUGAUGAACUAUACCAUCCCAAAGAGAACUCUGAUCAUUCCCAACCUGUCCUCAGUGUUGAGUGAAGAAGGCCAGUGGAAGUUUCCUCAUGAUUUUAAUCCAUCAAACUUCCUAAAUGAACAGGGACAGUUUGAGAAGCCUGAGGCCUUCUUACCUUUUUCGUCUGGGCCUCGUGUAUGUCUCGGUGAAAGUCUGGCUCGCAUGGAGCUCUUCCUCUUCUUGGUUACUCUGCUGCGCCGCUUUCAGUUCAUUUGGCCUGAAGAUGCAAGAGAACCAGAUUUCACUCCUGUGUUUGGGCUAACAACAACACCCAAACCGUACAGGAUGGAAGUCAGGCUGAGAGAACCAGCUAGAGAAAUGUAGACCCAGUAUAUAUCUGUAUACUGAAAAUAUCUUUAUGGCUAUUGAAGAAAUGAGCCUGUCCUCAUGGGCAUGUGACAGUUGUUCUAGUGUUAAUGUUAUGUUAUAAUUAACAUGGUGGUUGGCUGUUUCACAUUUAAUUACUUCCUUCCUCGUGGCCUUGUAUCUAAAAUUGUGUCUUAUUUUUUUCUGUGAUUCUGUGAAAAAAAAGGAUGUAAAAAAAGGGAUGUAAGAGGUUUAAUCAAGUCAAAUUCCAGCUAUUUAGCCCAUGUUAAAUUAAACUGCCAGUAGUAAAUCUGGAUCUUGUUUACAAUGUUUGACAAUGAUUAAAAAGUUGCAUUCAUCACAAAA